GAAAAAAAAGAAAAGAGAAAAGAGGAAUUAAAUUGAUGCUCCUCCUCCAUCACCGGACACCACUUCAACAUUAGCGUGCAGAACAAUAAGGAAGCUUAGCAUAGCCAGCUGUUAAAGAAAAAGGAAUGGCCGAAGAAGAAGUUUUAAUAGAAGUAGAAGCGGUGCUAGCCAUGUAUGGCGACGAUUGUGUGAUUCUUGAGUCUUUCCCUCCUCAUCUUCACCUCCACAUCAAGCCCAGAACCGCCGAUAUCUCCUCCCAACAGUUCGUGGAAGCAGUAAUUGGGAUACGAGCAGGUCCUCAGUACCCAAGCAAACCACCAUGGAUUGAUCUCAUAGAAUCCAAGGGUCUUGAUGGAGAAAGGCAAAAGCAAUUGAUAACUGGCAUACAAGAGAAAGCAUGUGAACUGUCCUCUUGUCUGAUGCUUGUAGCACUUUGUGAGGAAGCGGUGGAGAAGCUCACUGUUAUGAAUCACCCAGAUGGUGAUUGUCCACUGUGUAUGUGCCCCUUUGUCCCAGAAGAUGAACAGGAUGAAGCCUUGCCAUUUAUGAAGUUGAUGUCUUGUUUCCAUUGUUUUCACUGCGAAUGCAUUGUGAGGUGGUGGAAUUGGAUCCAAAAGGAGAAAGAAAGCAACACUAGCACCUCAUCUUCCACAACUUUACUGCAAAUCAAAGAGAUGGGAAAUCAGAAUGGGUUAUCAGAUGUGCAUGGAGUACUGGAAGAAAGAAUGGGGGACUGUCCAGUUUGUAGAAAGGUUUUCCAUGUCAAGGAUUUUGAACAUGUGCUUGACCUGGUUGGAACUCAAGCUUCUCAAUUGGAUUCUGAAGCAGAGAUCAAAUACGAGGAGAAGCUCCUUCAUUCUGAUUCAGAGAACUUCAGAAGACAGAAAUUUGAGGCCAUAUUGAAAUUACAGCAGGAAAACAGCGGCUUAAUUGAACCAAAAAGAGAGAUAGUGGUUGUGCCUGGUAUAUAUCUUCCGCAACGAGCCACAUCAGCUGCACAGACAGUGAACAAAGAAACCGCUGAGCAUCAAGGAACAGAAGCCAGACCCUCCACGGAAACAAAUUUGGGUAGUUCCUUAAAUAGACCUCGUCCUAGAGAAUCCAGGAACUCAGGCAGGAGGCAGGGAGUACGAAAUUCAAGAAGACCAGUCAGUCAGUGGGUCAGAAGAGAGAAUGGUACUGCAGAUUAAUCAGUGCAUAAAUUUUGUGGUUUCUUUUUGAAACUGGUUUAUUCUAAAUAUCAAAUGGAAUUAAAUGCUCAUACAUGUAAAAGAAAUUUAUUUUACAUUUCUGAUUUUUCUCUCUCCAGUCAAAUAUAUUUUAUUUUUUUUAUAA